AUACAUGAUAAUAAAAUAUCAAUUAUCUAAUUAAUUACCGCCGGUAGUCAUGGCAACGUCAGAUGAGGAACUAACAGUUUGGGUCGGUGGACUAGAUGGUCAAGUCACUACGGAGAUUCUUUGGGAACUUUUUGUCCAGGCUGGACCUCUCUUAGAUGUAAAACUUCCAGUUGACAGAGAUACCGGAGAACAACGUCCCUACGCUUUCGUCGCUUUUAAACAUCCAAUAUCAGGACCCUAUGCGGAACGGUUAUUCAAUGGGAUCCAACUGUUUGAGAAGACAAUAAGAGUUCGUUACAAGGGGUCCCAGCGGUUUGAUCAGAACAAGUAUCAUGAACUGUAUGAGAAGUUGUUGGAGAGGCUGGUCGUCGAAAACCCUGAUAAAUACGGAGGUGUAUUUGAAGAGAUAGAUGAACUAAAGAGUUCCUACGUUGGCAACAGAAUAGUGUACGAUGAAGACGAACAAUUUGCUGGCUACAACGCAUCACGUACCGACAAUUAUCACAACAACUCGCGUGAUAAUUACAAUGGAAACAACAACCAACGUCAUCAACAUGACAACAGCGGAUACGGUGACCGCAGACGGCAGCAUCACCCAGACAGAUCAUAUGAUAGGUCACAAGAUAGGUCACAUGAUAGAUCACAAGAUAGGUCACAAGACAGAUCCCACAACGAUCAGAGACAAAAACCAUACAAUAGGUCUAAAAACGAGGACCAGUACUAUCGGCAGAGGGGGAGCCGGUUUUAGUGAUCCUCAGAACAAACUUUAAUUAAUUUAUUCUGUAAAUUAUCUGUCAAAUCAGAGACUUUUAAAUGAUGGUAUACAAUAAGCUUAUAGUUUGGUGAGCUUUCUGUUCUCUUGUAAGUGCUCCUGUAAGUAUGUUUCAAAUACUCAGUGUUAUUUCCUCAGUUUACAUAUACCACAUUUUUCAUCAGUAUUGAAUGAUCCUUUUAUGUGUGACAGUUGUUAAUGAAAAGGAGUAUGGAAAAUUGGGUUUUUGUGCGUUAUUCUUUGCCUUUUACCAUUCGUUUGGUCGUAAAAAUAUGUUUAUUCGACGAUCUGUAUCAAUUGAAUACUGUUUGAUAAUGGUUUUUAAUUUUAUAUACCCAUUUUUAGUAACCACUUUAAACAUUUAAAGGCCAUUUUACAUUUAAUUUUAAAUGAUAGCUAACAUUUUUAAGUGCUGAAUUCAGAUUUUCAAGUUUAUUUAGUAAUUUGGAAUUUUCACGGUGAUGACGAAACUUUAACAAACUUUUUGCUAACAUUUGACCACUGGCUCCAAGUUGGUGACAGUAACCAAUCAGGUAACGACCAUCAAUCGUCAAGUUUUGCUCACGUUUCGAAACACAUGUUCUCUGCUAAGAAACCGAGCAUAGCUAGAGGCCAACAAAACCGACUAUAUAGUUUAGACCAUGGUUAACAAUUUAAUUGAACAUCUAGAUACACUCAUACCGGAAUGAUAAAGUCAUUUUUAAGUCUCAAUUUGUAAAUGCAAUGCUGUUGACAGAUAAGAUGUAUCAUCUGUCCCAGGCACCUCACAGCCAUGCUUGGGUGAUGGGUUCCUCGGGUACGAGUAACUGUGACCAACAUUUAGCCGACAUAGAUACUUGUUGGUUUACAUAUGUUGGUGACAGUAAGGGAUCUGCAGUAACGGGAGGAGGGUGUUUCAAAUGGCCUAAAUCAAGUCAAGGUAGAUAGAAUAUUCUCAUAAGAGAAACAUGAUCACUUAUUAAAUUAUAGUCGUCAAAUUUAUUGAAUAUUGAUAUUUUAUUCACCGUGAAGUAGACGAAUAAGGCCGAAAUUUACAUUUUAGUUUAUAGUAUAGUAGUAAGCUAUUUUGAAGCCAACUCUUCUGUAUAAUUGUUUAAUUCUGAUGAUUUUAACAUAAAACAUAAUCAGUGAUAA